AUGGCACGAAGCACGGAUGAGAGGUCGCAUGGGGCUUCGGAAAGCUCGAGAGACAAGGACACCCUCGCGCCCGAGGUCGGAACCAGCUCUAAGAGGAACCGCGGGCUUCUCCCCGUGCCGUCCAGGUCAUCCUCCCAAAAAGUCCAGCCUUCGCCGACCGCAACGGGACUGAGCGGCGCAACAGCCGGCGACCCAAGGGACAGCAUCGGUGGGCGCUCUAAGGAAUCCAGAGGCAGUAUGUUGCGGCCACACCACAAUGGAAGCGCGUCUAGUAACCGUUUAGGUGCCGGAACAGGACCAACAGCAACACCGGGAAACUCGGAGCCAAACUCACCCGCCGCUACGUCGCAUAGGAAGAAGAAAGGCGGCCUCCUCGCUCUUUUCGGGUGCUGUGGUGUGCCAGAUAGCGCAAAUGGUCUCGACACGGAACCGCCCGUCCCAAAUCAUAAGCUCGACAAGAUCCCCGCCCGGCCUGCUACCGCCAGCCGCCGGACCGCAACACCUUCGGAACAGCCAUCAGUUAGCAAAACCCAUCUUUCCGAAAAGGACGCCAACAAUCAGAGCUCGACUUCCCAAGGGCCAUUGAGGGGCGGAAAGCGGAUCUCGGGUGUCAGCACUCAGGAUCAAUCUACCGUUGGGGGUGAGCGGGACAAUGAGUCGAAGCAGACGACGCUGGUCGGACAGAGCGGGAGCAGCCCCGUGAUCUCAAUUGACCCGUCCUACGCCACAACCGCGGAUACUGAGCGGAUUGAUGAGGCACCUCUAGACAGGGAUGCGGAGGGUGACGUGCAGAUGCCAGAUGCUGAACAUCUGCGGCAGCCGGGGACCCAGGGGGCCGCAGGAGCUGCCGAAGAAACGGCUCCGAGAGUUCCCCCGCCUCCUCCGGGUCCCGUACCGAACGCCCCAAACCACACGCCAGCUGAAAGCACACCAAUGUUCGCUCCAGACCAGCCUCAACGGUUCCUGCUCCCUCCCCAAGCCCCUGAACACAAAGGGCGGAAAUGCCUCGUUCUCGACCUGGACGAAACCUUAGUCCACAGCUCAUUCAAGAUCCUCCACCAAGCCGACUUCACAAUACCCGUCGAAAUCGAGGGUAACUACCAUAAUGUUUAUGUCAUCAAACGGCCAGGUGUGGACCAAUUCAUGAAGAGGGUCGGUGAGCUGUAUGAGGUUGUGGUGUUCACCGCAUCGGUGUCGAAGUACGGCGACCCCCUCCUGGAUCAGUUGGAUAUCCACAACGUUGUCCAUCACCGACUGUUCCGGGAAAGCUGCUACAAUCAUCACGGUAACUACGUGAAGGAUCUAUCGCAGGUGGGCCGCGACUUAAAGGACACCAUCAUUAUCGACAACUCACCAACUUCCUACAUCUUCCACCCCCAACAUGCCGUCCCCAUCAGCAGUUGGUUCUCUGAUGCCCACGAUAAUGAGCUCCUAGACCUCAUUCCCGUUCUCGAAGACCUAGCGGGCCCUACCGUCCAGGAUGUCAGCCUGGUUCUCGAUGUCACGCUCUAA